UUAACUUUGACCACGUGCCCCGAAGGUAAACUGGAUGGCCAUUGCGCAAAGGUUCUUCAUCGGUAUGUGCAACGAGGCAAGCACGCACUGGACGUUGACUGCAAUUGUUCUCUUGGGGUCUCUAUUGGGGAUUGUGUCAUCAUAUCCGAUUCCAAGCAGGACUAAUGCAACUUUAUUGGAGCAAAGGUGGGAGACCCUCUUUUCCCGCUCUGUUCUGGGAAUCUCUGGGUCGAAAUCGGACAUGAACUGGGAGAGUGACUAUUUGCUGGGCAUCAAGAGAGUGCGGCGACUUUACUGCAAUGUGGGCAUUGGAUUUCACCUGCAGAUCCUCCCUGACGGCAGGAUAAACGGUGUACAUAAUGAGAACCAGUACAGUCUAAUAGAGAUCUCUACGGUGGAGAUAGGAGUGCUAAGUAUGUAUGGGGUGAGAAGUGAGCUGUUUGUCGCAAUGAACAGCAGAGGAAGGUUGUAUGGAACGAAAUUCUUCCGGGACGAGUGCAAGUUCAAGGAGACCUUGCUGCCAAACAACUAUAAUGCCUACGAGUCUUCGGUUUACAAGGGCUCCUACAUUGCCCUCAGCAAACAUGGCCGCGCAAAGAGAGGCAACAAGGCAACCACCGCCAUGACUGUCACACACUUCCUCCCACGAUUAUUAUGAUCGAAGUUGGCAAUAACUCACUAAUUUGCACAUGUGGAUGUUCUCCCAGGUAAUAUAGAAUUACACAGUAUACAUAUACACCAUUACAAAAGGACUGCAAAAACUACACAAGUAUUUAUUAUCUUUAUAUAUGUAUAUUUGGAUAGCUACCUUUGUAUUAGAACUUAUGUAUGUGUCAUUAUUUGCUGCUUAUCACAUAUCAUUAUCGAUUGAGGAGUGUAAAGGCUUUGCUAGUCUUCACUUUACUUUGAUGCGUGCCAUAAUGGAAGUACGCUUCACCCUGCCCCAGUAUCUGUGCGUUAGAGAUGUCGAUGAUGAGUAUUGACGUGUCUUCUUUCGAACUCCCAGGAAGCUCCAAAUCAAACUCCCAUUAGACAGAUCUGCAAGUGUUAUAAUGUCAAAAUACUUUCAGCUGAGAAACGAUCGUCAUUUAAUCCCGUUACAUCCGGUGUGGACUUCCAAAAAAGGACAAACAAAAGAUUUACAAGCAACUAACAUUUUUUUCCUAUUUCGCACCUCCAAUAUAUUGAGACGUUGUAGACUUUGGACCUGUGCGUGGCAUUAAUGAGUGAUUGGAUGUGCUGAAUAGGCAUUUUUCUGUUGCUUCUCAACACCUUUUCUGGAAGUACAUACU